AUGAGCGAGGAUGCCGGGCUGGCGAAGUCCGAUGCCGACGUGGUUGCGUUGGUGAAAAACGCCAUCCAGACGUCGAGAGAGGAUCAUCGUCGUCCGGCCGGAGUCGGGGGUGGGACGCCGGACGGGGUACAGCAGCCGGGCAUCACGAUCGAUUUGGGGCAUCAUAAUAUCCCGCGGCUGCCGGAUGAAGCAAUUGAGGCAAUAAAGGAUGAGAUAGAAAGGCUCGCGAUAUCACACAAUCAAAUCACCACCUUCCCUGCGAAGCUAGCUGAAUGCAGGAGGCUGCGAUAUCUAAAUGCUCGCUAUAACCUGUUAAAAGAGCUUCCCUCGCCGGUCCUCCAACUGUCCUCCCUUGAAAUCCUCGACAUCAGCAAAAACAAGCUCCGCUCACUUCCCGACGAAAUCGGAAACCUGACUUCCCUCAAAGUCCUCGCCAUCUCUCGAAACCGUAUCGAGCGACUGCCCGUCUGCCUCGGCGAUCUGUACAGUCUUCGGGUCCUGAAGUUGGACAACAACCCUCUGGCAUUUCCCCCAGCCGACGUCUGCGCGAUCCAGGCGGACGGCACCGCACCCACGAAUGAAGGCGAGAAGGAGGUGGCCAUCACCCGGCAGGUGAAAAAAUACUUGCGGGCGGCGGCCAACCGGGCGAAGUUCCAGAGCGAGUCGGAAGGGGAGACCAGCGAUGCGGAUGCAGAAACGCCACGUCCGCUCAGGCGGGCGGCGGGCACCCGAUUCCCGGUGAAGCCGAGUAUUAGUGGCAUCGAUAGUUUGGAGUUGAUACGGCCAGAAUCUCCUGCACACCCUCCUCCGAUACCUACCCGCUCCCACUUCAGGAAUCAGUCAUCGCAGGGCCAGGUGCUAGGACCGGGUCCGCGGCAGCCACCGAUUACACCUCUCAUCAUCGCAAACGCAAGCGAGAGGAAUAGAACUCGCAGCGAAAGCGUCACUUCGGCAACCUUCCGCACCAAGAGAAUGGGUAUGGUUCCAGGAAAGGGUACGGAACACUUGGGGACUGUGGAUGAAAACACGCUUCGGCGGGGAAGUCAUCUGCGAGGCCUCAGCCAUAACUCGGCGUUAAAUGGCGCGGCAGUGCCUGCGAACAACGCAAACGGCGCGCCGCCGUCCGGUUUCAACGAAUUUGCGAAUGGAGGAGUCCGUCAGAGUCUGAACAACCAGAAGCUGUCUGACCUCCUAAGCCGCGAGAAUGUUCCUGGCCGAGAAGUCGAUCGGGUGAUCGCCGCUGCGAUGCACACUGUCUGGGCGGUAUCCCAGGUCCGGGACGUUGGUCAAAUCAUGGUGAAAAUGAUGCAAAAAUACGGUGUCGCCGAGACAUCGGAUUUACUCGGCGUGCUGCACGACUUGCAUAUCGACUUGAGCGAGCUGCACCACCUGCUAUCGGCCUUUGAAGCCUUAUGCGACGAGAAUCCGGAAGAGGCACCAGGAGUGGAAGUCCUCAUCCAAGCGAGGGUCAAGAGCAGCUUGUCCACGUGUGCAAGUGCGUGGGAUCAGAUCCUCCCGCAUACCGACAUCAUCGUAGCGAAAUGCUCACGCGCCGUUCUGCGGACCGCGAUGCUGUUGCUACACGGUAGUACCCUCGAAUUACGGCAAGCGAUGGAUCUCCUUGGAUUGGAGCUUCUGGAAGAGUCACGGACGCCACCGCAUAUGGAGAGAGUCACGCCCACCAGCACGGCUGCGAGCAGCCCAGAAUCGAGAAUCCGAAAGCGGUUGGACGGGUCGCGAAAUCAACUUGGAGCGCACCUGCAUGCGUCGCGGUUCGCUCCGGCGAACUCCCAGGGUAUGCUUCCUCGAAGCAACAUCACAAGCCGAUCCAACACGCUCACGAGCAUGGCUACGCCGCACUCGACAGAGUCAUUCCCAGCGUUUGGCCCGGGCUUGUCUCGCAGCAAUACACUCACGGAAAUGGAAGACAGCGAAGAGGAGAUGAUUUUCGAGCGGGUUUACUUGCAGUUGAAGGGUGCCACUGAGAUGGCGUUGAGCGCCAUCCCCCCCGUCCAGUCGAUCCUGCUUCGCGACAGAGAAUCGGUCAUGCGGAAGUUCGGGACGGAUGAGAUGAUGCACCGGUACUGGAUGCGGUUGAUCCAGAAAUGCGAGGAUAUGACCAGUGCGGCGCGAAGUCUGCAUCGCCGACUGUCCUCGAUCAAGCUGAAAGAUCCGGUUGUUCGCAAUCAGCCCGAUUUCUGGCGGUUGACCAGCACCUAUAACCAGACUUGGGUGGAAUUGAUCGCGGCAAUGAAGGAACCUCGCCAGCAUGGUCUGAUCCGGGACGAGAUCAAAGCAUACAUGAAGCCACUGCACCGUGCCAACAAGGAGCUUUCGCACGUCAUCAACGACUCGCCGUGGCGGGAUCUCACCUCUCGAUCCGGCCGAAGCAACACAAUGACCGCGACCGCCGCACCAUCCAUGCCCGCGCCUGGUACCGGGGUAUAUCAGCAUCAUCAUCUAGGGAGUGGGUAUGGGACAUCGAUGCCGGCGACACCGCUGAGCGCAGCGCUCGGUCCGGCCGCCCAGGCAACGGUCCCCAGCACGCCGGGGACUCACACUUUUACGGGUCCGGGCGGCGUCAUGAUGGAUAGGGAUCGUCAAGCGCCUCUCACGCAGCGGCGAAUUUGA